UGGAAGCAGCUGCCUCAGACCUGGUGACUGUAUUACAGGCAGCGGGCGAUAGGUGGUGCUGCAGGCUACGCGUGGCUGCUGUCACUUGUUUAUUGGAGUAGUUGCAGGCCUGGCUGCUCGGCAGGAGGUCGCCUAAUUAGUCGUAAUGAUUCUUCUACAAUUCCACACUCGGAGGCUGGUAACCCAGGUUUACUUUGGAUUGAAGCCAGGAAGACAAAAGGGCAUUGUUGUUGAUAUGGCACGACCAAGCUCUAAUCUGGCUGAAUUUCGAGAAGUAUUUGCUAAGGCAAAACAUAUAGCAGUUAUUACAGGAGCUGGAGUUAGUGCAGAGAGUGGAGUUCCUACUUUCAGAGGUUCUGGAGGAUUCUGGAGGAAAUGGCAAGCUCAGCACUUGGCAACACCAGAGGCCUUUGCCAGGAAUCCCUCUCGUGUUUGGGAAUUCUAUCAUUACCGCAGAGAAGUCAUGCUGACAAAAAGUCCAAACCCAGCACAUCUAGCCAUUGCAGAGUGCGAAUCUCGGCUCAGCAAGCAGGGAAGGAAGGUGGUGGUGAUCACACAGAAUGUUGAUGAGCUGCAUCGCAGGGCUGGGACGCGCAAUCUCUUUGAAAUACAUGGUAGCAUAUUUAAGACCCGUUGUAACACUUGUGGCAGUUUGAAGGAAAAUUACAAGAGCCCUAUAUGUCCUGCUCUUGAAGGAAAAGGUGCUCCUGAACCUGAAGUGCCUGAUGCUGCUAUUCCAGCAGAUGACUUACCAAGGUGUGAAGAAGUUGACUGCCGCGGUCUCCUCCGACCUAAUAGUGUAUGGUUUGGUGAGACUCUGGAUUCCACUCUUCUUGCAGAAGUGGAGAAAGAGUUGGAAACAUGUGAUUUGUGUUUGGUGGUUGGAACUUCAUCAGUUGUCUAUCCUGCUGCCAUGUUUGCACCACAAGUGGCUGCUCGAGGAGUGCCUGUUGCGGAGUUCAACAUGGAAAGUACACCUGCAACUUUGGGCUUUACGUUUCAUUUCCAAGGUCCUUGUGGAACAACAUUGCCUCCAGCAAUUGCUCGCCACAAAACUGAGCUUAUCUCUUAAAUUUAACUUGCACAAGCAACGAAUGGACUGUUUUGGUAUUUGAGCAAAAAGGGAGGAUUGGUUCAACAGAAUGGCUGAAUUUUCUAGGAACCAGACCUUUUUUACCACUUUUUUUUUUUUUUUGGGUUCUCUUGAUGUCCUCAGAACAUUGUUCGCUUGCACUAUGAUCAAUACCUUGCACCAGAUACAAAUUUGCAAGGAUCUGACUUACAAACUACAAAUCACCAAAAAUGUAUUUACCAAAAAAUGUACCAAAAAAAAAAAACUUCAAA